AUGUUGAUACCCACGAUGGAAGAUGAAGAAGUCAUCUACUACUCUUCGCCAGCUCCCCCUCUCGAUAACGGGUUCGAAAAGGACAUAGACGAGAAUGAAGACUAUGAAAAGACACGGGAUACAAGUCUCCCAUUAUCAGAGCGUGGCGAUGCACUGACGCGCAUAUGUUUGUUUGUUUCCCGUGGAAAGCACAAAAUAGACGCAAAAACCUUUCUAGAGAUAGUAUUCCAAUACUUUAACGAACUGGGGAAUCCACAAGCUGCAAGCAUCCUGACCGAUAUUCUAUUCGAUGCACCACCUGAGGUUAGUGGACUGGUAAUGACCAACAUUGGCGUAUUCGUCGCCCGAACCAAUGACAAAGAUUUCGAGGCCAUAAUAUACUCCAUCGCCGAGGACCUUGACCUACGUGGCGAAAAACACGAAGCCAUCCACAUUGCCGCGAAGCACCUGAUGAAACACUACUCCUCACAAUUUAUACCAGCCAUUUUUGCCCCUGGGAGCAUUGCGAAGGGGUCCCUAAAGUGGUUGACUGGAAAUUACCGCGCCCUCAAAUUAGAGUUAUUCGGCAACGAUUCUGAAGCCGGCGCGAAUGCAGAUCGGACGCUAAUGACAGCCUUGAAAUCGGCUUCAUCACAUCUUACAGAUACCAUUGAUAAGACAAUGAUUUCAAUGGAUGCAUUGACUACAGUUGUCAAGUCUGUACAGUCCGUGCUGGGGAUCUACUCAGAUCUUCUCCGUACUUCGGGAGAACCGGGGAUCGCGAUUUUAAGUACCGCAUUAACCUCCUCUCCAGGAACUCAACCCCAAACUCCUAGGAAAGGGGCAUUUGUCUCUACCAUCAGGCGCUAUGGCCGUGAUAGCACGUGCUCGCAAGUAUCACCGACAACGUCAAUACCAACAGCUCACUACGCGCAUGAGAGUGGUGCUUCGAGUCGCCAACAUUCAAAGAAUAGUUUUCGUGAUAGCACACUCUCUGCUCGUGAGCGCGGAACGUCUUCUGCGGCAGAUGCUUCCACUUCAACCUCAACUCCUGAUAGAGAAGGACAUACCCGCUCUAGUUCGGCCCCACCAACGCCAGUAACUUCAAAGCGUACAUGUAGCAAUCCUAGUACCAAUGAAGAGGAAAAUGUAUCACCGAAGCGCCCCAAAAAAGAUGGCCACAGCCCGGCUACCCCAAGUCCUCCGAGGCAUAGUAGCCAAGCGGGGGCUAACCCAUUGCACCGCGGGGGUAGUAGCGGUGGGAGAGGCUACCAAGGCAAAAAUUUUAUUCCAGGGUAUCGAGGGAGCUUCCGUGGCAGACACGAAUCGUUCAGAUCUAGUUCAUGGCGUGGUAGACAGUACUGGAAUGGCGGUAGGAGUGAUUAUGGAUAUUCUCGUGGCGGAUCGGAUUACCCUCCUAGGAUGAACUACGAUUAA